GCAGGGAAGAGACACCAUAUUUUUUGUAAAUGUUACCCAGAAUCAUGGACGACAACAAUCUGAACUCAUAACUUACACCGUGUCCUGUUUUACUCUUUUAUCACACUUUGAAUUAACAGCAUCUGUUCUGUCUUAUGUCCCCGUCACAGACCAGUCCCACAGCGCCCCCUUCAGCUCCGAGAAUGAGGCUCAGGGCGGCGACCCGGCUGUGUGGCAGUGCACCCCUCCCCCAUCUACCUCACCCUCGGCGGAGACGCCGGCUCACCCACCAUCCCAGCCCGGGUCCAGACCCCACUCCAGGCCGGCAAGCCAAAGCCCCUCGCCUCCCUCCGCCCUGACAGGAACCAAGAAGAGGAGCUCCAAACCUGUACACAUGAGACGCAACAUCAGGAAGUUGCUGAGGGAGCAUCAGUUGGAGGCCGUGACCAAAGCCGCCCAGCAGGAGGAGCUGGAGAGACGGCGACGUCUGGAGCAGCAAAGAAAACAGGAUUUCCCCGUACCGCUGCUGCCUGAAUACACAACUGGCGACGUGACGAAGCACGUGUCGUCAUCGUCGGCCUCGGCGGCGGCUUCUCAGCAGGAGGUCAAGCCGAGCAGACAGGAGGUGAUCUGCGUGGACUCCAGCAGCACCGGAGAGGACGACAGCAAGACCGACGAAGCCACAGCAGCAGCUAAAGAGCACAAAACAGAUGUCAUAGAUCUGAGCUCGUGUGAGGACGACGCCGUCAUCCACGUCAGCGGCGAGUCGGCCCACGAGGAGGAGGAGAGCGAGCCGAGCGGGGCGCAUGCCAACGACGUCCUGAACCAGCCCGACGCCCAGGGCAGAGUGCUGAUCAAUCUGAACCACCCGACUGCAGAGACAGACAUUUUCCUGUCGUCCCAGCUGGCCCGAGUGGUCAAACCGCACCAGAUCGGCGGGAUCCGUUUCCUGUACGACAACCUGGUGGAGUCGGUGGAGCGGUUCAGCAGCAGCAGCGGCUUCGGCUGCAUCCUCGCCCACAGCAUGGGCCUGGGCAAGACGCUGCAGGUCAUCUCCUUCAUCGACGUCCUGUUCAGACACACCCAGGCUCACACCGUGCUCGCCAUCGUACCUGUGAACACGCUGCAGAACUGGCUGUCGGAGUUCAACACGUGGGUCCCGCCCCCCGAGGCGAUACCUCCGGACACCGACCCGGCGCUGGUGGCACCGCGGACGUUUAAAGUUCACAUCCUCAACGACGAACACAAGAACACAGCGACCAGGGCCAAGGUGGUGGAGGACUGGGCUCGGGACGGAGGGGUUCUGCUGAUGGGCUACGAGAUGUACCGGCUGCUGUCGCUGAAGAAGAGCUUCGUGACCGGAAGGAAGAAGAAGAGCAAGAAAACAGCGGGACCCGUCGUCAUCGACCUGGACGAGGAGGACAGGCAGCAGGAGCUGCUUAAAGGUAUUGAGAAAGCCUUGGCCCGGCCCGGUCCAGAUGUGGUCAUCUGCGACGAAGGCCACCGCAUCAAGAACUGCCACGCCAGCACGUCCCAGGCUCUGAAGAACAUCCGAACCCGACGCCGCGUGGUCCUGACCGGCUACCCGCUGCAGAACAACCUCAUCGAGUACUGGUGCAUGGUCGACUUUGUCCGACCCGACUUCCUCGGUACGCGGCAGGAGUUCAGCAACAUGUUUGAGCGUCCCAUUCUGAACGGGCAGUGCGUGGACAGCACACCGCAGGACGUCCAGCUCAUGAGGUACAGGAGCCACGUCCUGCACAGCCUGCUGGAGGGCUUCGUCCAGAGGCGAGGCCACGACGUCCUGAAGGACCAGCUGCCCUCUAAGGAGGAGCAUGUGAUCCUGGUGCGCCUGUCUCCCCUGCAGAGGGCGCUCUACACCGAGUUCAUGAACCGCUUCAGGGAGGCAGGAAACACCGGCUGGCUCAGCCUCAACCCGCUCAAGGCUUUCUGUGUCUGCUGCAAGAUUUGGAACCACCCAGACGUUCUGUACGAGGCCUUGCAGAAGGAAAACAUGGCAAGUGACCAAGAUUUAGACCUCGACGACAUCACCUCCUCGGGUCAUAACCGCUGUCCGCCAGCGUCCAAUCAGAAGUCCAAGAGCCUGGACAACCCAAACCCCAUCGGUGGACUGAGCCUCAACCAGCUGCAGGAGAAAGCCAACCAGGUCAUCACCUACGAAUGGGCCAAGGACAUAAUGUGCGACUACAAACCCGGCAUCCUGGAGAACUCAGCAAAGAUGGUGCUGCUGUUCCACCUGAUCGAGGAGAGCGUCAGGAAGGGAGACAAACUCCUCGUCUUCAGUCAGAGUUUGUCCACGCUCACGGUGAUCGAGGAUUUUCUGGCGAAGAGGCCGAUGCCUCCGUCGCCCAACGCAACCAGCCGGGACCGAACCAACCAGACCUGGGUCCGCAAUCUUAACUACUACAGACUGGAUGGAAGCACAACGGCCUCAGAGAGAGAGCGACUGAUAAACCAGUUCAAUGAUCCCUCCAACACCUCAGCGUGGGUCUUCCUGUUGUCAACCAGGGCCGGCUGCCUCGGUGUGAACCUGAUCGGAGCGAACCGCGUGGUGGUCUUCGACGCCUCCUGGAACCCGUGCCACGACGCUCAGGCCGUGUGUCGCGUCUAUCGCUACGGACAGAGGAAGCCGUGUCACAUCUACCGGCUGGUGUGCGACUUCACGCUGGAGAAGAAGAUCUAUGACCGACAGAUCUCCAAGCAGGGCAUGUCAGACCGUGUGGUGGAUGACCUGAACCCCGUGCUGACCUUCACCAGGAAGGAGGUCGAGUCUCUUCUUCACUUCGUGGAGGAGGAACCGGAUCCUUCCCAGGUGCUGCUGCAGCCUCGGGAGGAGAUGGAGCGCGUCCUCGGGAAGGCUCUGUGCCGUUAUUCCCACCUGAUCACCAAGCAACCGUUCCCUCACGAGUCGCUGCUGAUGGACCGCAGGGAGCUGAAGCUGAGCAACGCCGAGAAGAAGGCCGCCAAGAAGGGCUACGAAGAGGAGAAGAGGGCCUCGGUGCCGUACACCCGCCCCUCGUAUGCUCACUACUACCCAGCCAGCGACCAGAGCCUCACCAACAUCCCCGCCUUCAGUCAGAGGAACUGGCGUCCUCCCACUCGUACUGAGGAGAAGCCGGUGACCAGCGUCCGGCCGGUCCAGUCCACCCCUGUUCCCAUGAUGCCCCGCCAGGCGACGGCUGGCUCUGCCCCGGACAACGACUCCUCCAGCUCCAGCCUCGGAGGAUUCCCGGUCAACUGCCUGCAAAAAGCCGGCGUGUUUGUGCAGAAAAUUGUCACCACUACCGACAUCGUGAUUCCAGGCACCAACAGCUCCACAGAUGUCCAGGCCAGAAUCACCGCUGGAGAAAGUAUUCACGUCAUCAGGGGCACAAAAGGGACUUACAUCAGGACGUCCGAUGGCCGAAUCUUUGCCAUCAGAGCAGCUAAUAAGGCCAAGGCAGUGGAGGAGAGUACAACAGCGCCACCCAAAGGCUCGCAAACCCCACCUCAGGAGGUCUCAACCAAUGGCAGCAACGGUUGCCUGUCACCUGACAGGAAGCAGCAGGCAGCCUCCAAGCCUUUGCCCCGCCCUCUUUCGCCCGACGGCCCGGAGAUACUCAACGAGCUGCAGCGCUACGCGGGUGUCCCAGGGUCUGGAGGCUCUGCGGGGUCCGCCGCUCAGCCAGAGAAGGCAGCAGAGAGCAACCCGCCCCCCACCAAACCCACCAACAGCAGCACCGGGAGCAGCUUCACUGGUGGAAACAUGAGCCACCACGAUGCCUCUGUGACCAACGUAAUCCAGCCCAACAUGGACGCCACCACCGCCCAGGACCUGAGAACGGGCUCCAAGCGCAAAGCCUCCACCCCGUCCCUGGAUGAGCGAGCCAGCAAGCAGCCCUCCACCGGUAAACACUCCUCAGCCCCUCUGGCCUCACAAGGCUUCCCCUUCACCGGGGGCUACGGCCUCCCCCCCAUGGGGCUCAAUUCUGCCAUGCUGGGCGGCUCUCUGGGGCAUCCGCUGUUCAUGGGGGUGGGCUCACGUUACUUCCAGCCCCCCCACGCUCAGCUGGGCGACCCCAGUUACAUGUACGCAGAUCUGUUUGGAUUGGGCGGAGCCAGCACUGUCAUCACCUCCUCCUCCUCCCCGUCAUCAACAACAUCCACCGCUUCUGUGGUCUCAUCUUCCUCCUCAUCUUCUGCCCCAGUCAAAGCUGCCAGUUCCCUUCCAGGAGCCCUGCCUCCCUUCAUGCUGAGCCCCAGCAUGGCUGGCAUGGCCGGGAUGCUGCCUCCAGGCUUCCCCCUCUCUUACAGCCCAUCCCUGGCCAGCCUCUACUCAGGCUCGAUGCUGCCGGGGGGUCUGCCGGGUCCAGCCGCCACUCCUGGUCCCGCUGGAGCCAGUUUCCUGUCCCAGUACCCUCCCACCGCCGCCUCCAGCUCCUCCUCAUCCUCCCCUUCCUCAUUCUCCCCAUCGGCACGAUCUGAGGGCCACCGGGGCCCGGUUCUGGUGAACAGCGGGGACGUAAGCAGCGUCAGCAGCUCAGAUGACGACGACGACGACGAUGUGAUUGAAGUUAGGGGCCAGUGACAGAAGAACGACGCGGUUUCUUGAGAAAGCUCUCAGCAAUUUAGUCAUCGUCCAAAUAGGACGACACCCUAUUUGCGAGGACGCAGGUUUCAAAGAGGCUGUAGUUAAAGCCUCGAGGGAAAUUGGACUAAAGAUGAAAGACGGUGAUGACAACUGAGCCCCUGAUGAAGUGUUUCCUCCGGUCGUCUCUGCAAAAACAGUCUGAACGGAGAUCAGACUGGACACCGAGCGACAAAUCUUGAUGCUGAAUAACCAGAAGAUGAAACCUGAUAAAAGCUCCAGAGGGAAGGUGAAAAUGGAAAUCAGAGGACUUUGGGCUUCCAAGUGUUUUUGUUUUUUUUUAAUUUGUUUUUUUUUGUCCAAUUACUGGCAUUACGAUGCUAAUCACUGGACUGAGUACUGCUGAGUGUGGACCUGCAGUGACCACAAACGGCCACUAGUUGUACUGUCAACUUUAGAGAUUCUAGUUCUGCAGCUUUGCUAGAUGUUGAGACUCUUGCUUUCAGCUAAUUAAAAAGACGACAGCUGGGUGGAAGUUGCUUAUAAUAAAAAAAAAACAAACAAAAGGUUUGACAAUUAAGUUAGCUGGUAGUUUAAAAAAAAAAUCUGUUGAAAUGGUAUUGUUUGUCACUUGUUGAAUAUUGCUACUGAAUAUUUUCUUUAAAAAAAAAAAAAGAAAUGGUUAGCAGAUCAAACCGACCUUUUAGAAAGCAUUUUGAUUGAACUUGAUAAUUCACUGCCAGGAUAGAGGUUCAUGAAGAUGAUAAAAAAGAAAAAAGAAACGGGAUCAUGUUGAAUUAUUGAAGAAACAAUUGUUGAGGAUGAGGUUUGAGACAUUAACCGAAACUUUAAAAGAAUGUACGCUUAAUCAAAUGCCUUUAUACCAGGCCUUUUUGAAAAGACUCCUAUUUAGGCAUCAGACAUGGGAAGAUAUGAUUUUUCUUUUUGUGUGUGUGUGUGUGUGUGUAUGUAUUUUCUAUUUAUGUAAUCGACUUUUUAAAGAAAAUGAUUGCCUACUUUAAAAAAAAAAAAAAAAAACAGCCAGGUGAAACAGAGAAAAAAAAAAAACUAGUGACGUGUCCUCCUCGUAGCGGAGAAAAACAACCAACAGAAAAUGCCUUUUUGCCUCCAUCUUUCUGAAUGUUAACUGUGAGAGAGGGGAGGUAAAGAGAGACAGACGGUCAUGGCGGCUCUCUGAAUCUCACCCGCAGUCUUACUGUAGCCUAGUGAAAAACGAUGCAAAACACUCACUCAAGCCUAUAUAUGUAUUUGUACAACGAACCCCUGGAGGAAACUGAGCCCGCAAACCCUGAGUUCUUUUGGUUACGCUCGUGUCGUUACUGUGUUCGUGUCUGCGUGUCGUGUUUUUAAGGGUUACAAAAGGAAUCAUUUAAAAGAUAUAUAAAUAGAAACUUGUGUUACUCGGUUUGGUAACUUGUUUUUGGCACAGAUUUCACCUCUGCUCUGCUGGUUUUCCUUUUUUUUUUUUCUUUUACAUCACAUUUUGUUGAGCAAACCAAACCUUUUUUUUUUCAGGGGAGAUGGUGUAGCUUCGCCAAAUAAAAAAAAUGAAAAGAAAAGAAAAAGAAAUGCACAAGCACAUCAGAAACCUCCGUCAAAGAGGAUUGUGUCUUAAGAGACCAAAUAAUGUGGCAGAGCAGAAUUAAAAUCCACCACAGCGACACGCUUGUUCCUCUCUCUACAGCAUCCUCACAGCCACAGUUGAGACGUACAUAUCCACACUGUGCUGCACUUGUCAAAGAGACACAAAUCUGUAUACAUCACAGUCUGGUUGAAAGCUGGAAAAAGCUUAAUCGUGUGACCAAGUUCCCCCUUAGAUCAUCUUACUGUUCCAUCUGCUUUGGCCAUCGCUGUUGUUCUCCAAAACAGGCUGCAGCAGGAGCUUUAAAAACCACUAGCUCUUUAGUUGAAACAUCAUCGAGCAAAGACUUAAGCAUUUCCCGCUCUUUUUAUCAUUUCCCGCUCUUUUCUCUUUUCCCGCUCUUUUCUCUUCCAUGUAUUUGUUCUCUGUACUGAAACUGUUAGUUUACUUAUGUUUCUUUUUUUUUUUUUUUGGCUCUCUUCUUUUUACAAUGUUUGAAUUUACCAAAUUAAUUUAUUUAUGAUGGUGCAUAUUUAUUCAUUUGUAUUUUUAUUUUUGUACAAUGUCUUUUUUUUUUUUUUUGGUUUCCAUUUGUUCGUUCAUUAUCUUGUUUGCGAGAAUUUUCCGGUCAUAUUAGUUUUUGUUGUUACUACAGAUGCUCUUUUUGUGUUUGAUGGUUUUUUUUUGUUUUGUUUUUGUUUUUUGAGAACUGAUGAUCAGCCAGUCUGACCCAACACAUGUGAAACUGUGCAGAACUUGCAUGUGGACCAACCGAUUAAGGUGUUGAAUAUCAGGAUAGAUUAAAUACGACUGAUAAGAAACCCAAAAAUAACAUAACACCAGGGAUUUUCUGAUCUAUAUGAGCUCAGAUAAUUGGGGUACAAAUGUAAGUGUUGAAUCUGAAUAAUAUGAGCCAUUUGUGUGCAUGUAAGCUCAAGUCACAAGUAGUGGGUCAGAGGCAGUCCAAACACUCAUCCGCUGAAAAGAAAACAAUGAUAUCAAGUGCUUUUCUUCGCUUUUUUGUUUGUUUGUUUAAUGGUCCAUUACCAUAUCAUCAGAACUGUCCAUCGAAACGCGUUUCCUCAGUGUUGAACUGUUUUGGUUGUCAGCUCGGCAGACUGACUGCUCUUUAGUUUCACAGCUUUCUACUUGAAUUUACAUAUUUAUUUAUACAAGUUGAUUUGCGUCGGACAAGCCGAGCCGACCAUCUGAAUUCCAUUUUAGCGGAGAGGAGAUUAAAAUCUGCUGUCUUUGAGGAUUGGCUCCAGUCAAAGUCUGUUUUGUAGAUUAUCGAUGGAUAAUGUGUAUGACCUUGGAUUACUUUUAGAUCCUUUUUUUUUUGGUUUUGUUUUGUUUUUUUGAAGUUUGUAAAUAAAAAGAAACAUGUUCUAAAUAA